GAGCAUGUCAGAACCAACGCCUUUUUCGUCCAACUUGUCCUCAACCACCAUGCCUUCUGCUGGCGUCGUCGACGCGUUCAAAAAUCUCAUAAGACAUGGAAAACAUCACCAUCAUCGCGAGGACGAGGUCUCCUCUCAAGUUCCAUCUCGUAACCAGAAUCAACAGCAUCAACAGCAACAAUACCACCAGCAGCAGCAACAGCAGCAACAGCAACAGCAAGUUCAGAAUUCUCAUAAGCACCAUCAACCCGAACAACAGACGUCGCCCGCUGCUCGAGAGGUGGCUGAACAGAUAGUAAAAGAGGAGCGGGAAGCCAAGACUCAGAUGCCUUCUUAUAAAGGAUUAGAGAACUUUAAACUCCUAGAGAAGAUGGGAGAUGGUGCCUUUUCUAAUGUAUACAAAGCGUUGGAUCUUACAACCAACACCAAGGUCGCAGUCAAAGUUGUUCGGAAAUUUGAGCUGAAUGCCUCUCAACGUGCCAAUAUUCUGAAAGAGGUACAAAUCAUGCGAGGCGUGCUCCACCCAUCAAUAGUCAAACUCUUAUCAUUUUCGGAAUCUCCAGAGCACUACUUUCUCGUCCUCGAAUUAAUGGAAGGAGGCGAACUAUUCCAUCAGAUCGUCAAACUCACCUAUUUCUCGGAGAAUCUUUCCCGGCAUGUCAUCCUGCAAGUUGCGCAUGGUAUCCGGUAUCUGCACGAAGAACGUGGCGUGGUACAUCGAGAUAUCAAACCGGAAAACUUGCUUUUCGAACGCAUCCCGAUCAUCCCGUCCAAAUCCCCAAUACAUAGGCCGUAUGAUGAAGAAAAGGAAGACGAAGGCGAGUUUAUACCUGGCGUAGGUGGUGGAGGAAUCGGCCGAGUCAAGAUAGCAGACUUUGGGCUGAGCAAAGUGGUGUGGAAUGAGGAGACGAUGACACCAUGCGGAACGGUGGGGUAUACUGCCCCCGAGAUCGUCAAGGACGAGAGAUACAGCAAGAGUGUGGACAUGUGGGCCUUAGGUUGCGUUUUGUAUACGCUUCUAUGUGGAUUUCCUCCAUUCUACGAUGAGAGCAUUAAUGUUCUGACGGAGAAGGUGGCGAGGGGUUAUUACACAUUCCUGAGUCCGUGGUGGGACGAUAUUAGUGCAAGCGCCAAGGACCUGUUAACACAUCUUCUUUGUGUAAAUCCUGCACAAAGGUAUACCAUCGACGAAUUUCUUGCACACCCAUGGUGCAAUGCAGCCCCGGCUCCUCCCCCUCCACCGACGCCCUUCAUAUACAGCCAUCUUCACUCUGCCAAUCUACCCCCUGAUUCACCGCUACUCUCUGCUGCUCGUGGCGGCAGACCCGAAGGUCGUAGUCCGGGCAUUGCAACAUUGAAGGAGGCAUUCGAUAUCACCUACGCGGUCCACAGAAUGGAGGAAGAGGGUGCCCGACGUCGCAAAUACAAUGGCCGUGGUGGCGCUGGUGCCAGAGGAUAUCUGAGUGGCUUAAAUGAAGAUGAGGAGGAGGAGGAGGAGGAGGACCCUUCGGUUUCUAUCAAUACUACUCCUUCCACCCCAAAACAGGUAUCCACCACUAGUCGAACACGGCGGACUGGGCAGAAAGGAUUUGAAUUAGAUAUGGACGGAGCUACUCUGCUUGGACGGCGGCAUCAACGAGGCGUCGCCCGGAAAGGCGCAGGUGGAUUCAGCAGUCCGCUGUCCGGAAAACCUGUCGGUAGCCCUAUGGCCGAAGACAGGGACACUAUCAACCCAGGUAGUCCUAUGAGGAUAACAUAGAAGGUCAUUCAGUGGCAAAGCGAGGCCAUCCGUUACUUUGUCUCAUUCAUCUCCAUCCACGCAUACACGUAGCUCACCUUCUUGCGGACAUACAAAUAUAUCACAGUUGGCGGACCUUUUUACAUUGUAUUACGCACGCUCAACCGCACAUAUUUCACUCUACUCGUAUGUUCCGUCCUUCUGCUCGCUUGAGAAUGCUGCCGCGUUCUGGAGACUCCAUUCCUGUCUUUUCGAUGGAAGUUCUCUUUCGCACCUUUAGGGCGUCACAGUCCAUACACUUCAUAGCUCGAUUUCCAGCUCUCCUGCUUGCAUAUAGGAUAAUGUGUACAUGUACUUUGGUGUUUGUAUGUUCAACUUUUUCCUCAGUAUGAAUUUCAUCAUCAUAUACGCCCCUCCGAGGCC